CCCGAAUCCGUAAUGUUGACCGUCACCGGGGCAAGCAGUGGUAAACAGUAAACCUCCGUCAAGUUUUCUAUUGGUCUAUCAGCACGCCAGCUGAACGUUUCAAAAACGUGUAGAAUGUCUCUAUGAACGCCACUUCGAAGACCAUCGUAACCGGGCAUCACAAAAUCACCAUCUCGCCCGGCUUGAGUUCAUGGCGGACGCUCCAGGAAAACGCUCCACAAGCCGCGAACUUUAUGAGUCCUGUCUCUCCGGCGCCCACGAUCGGCCAUUUAUUCCGCGACUGAGGUCCGACCCACCUUGCUUCCCUCCACUUCCUCGUAAUCUUCUCGAGUUUCGAGAGCAGGAAGGGAAGGAGGAGCGGGAGAGACGGCUACAUGAACUAUGGAAGCGCUUACCCAAUUCGAGCUAUCAUCGAUCGGAAGUAGCUGCCUCAAGGAGAAUUCCUACCAGGGAGCCAUUGACGGCACAGAAAGCGGAGGAAAUGAGAAAGGUGUACGAGGAUGAACUACUUGGCAAAUGUGGUGGUCACAUAACAAAUGAACGACCCAGUCAUAUCAGGUGGACUGAAUUUAGGCGGUAUGCCGAGGCUAAGGAAGCUGAGCUAUGGUCGAUAUUCCACGAUGAACUGGAUCUCGACGGCGAUGGUCAUCUCAACAAGGAGGAAUUAGCAUUAGCGUUGAGCAAAGCCGGCAUAAUAAUUUCGCCGUCCACACUGACCGAUUUCAUAACGUCUCUGACUUGGUCGCCACAUUCACAUACUGUCAACUUUCGAGAAUUCAGGGAUUUCUUAUUAUUAUUGCCUCGAAAGGCAUCGACGGCUGAGAUAUACAAAUACUACGAAGUUAAGAAGUUCAUGGGAGAUGAUGGAAGGGGCGCGGCGCGGGUGACGAUGGAAGGUGACGUCAGUCUGAGCGCGGAAGACAAGCCCCCGCCCAUACCAUCACUGUGGGAAAGUGCUGAUGUGGUCGAGGACGACGAUUUCGAGGAAGAAGGGAUAGAGGUACACCAUGAUUGGUUGCAGGGUUACACUGCCUUCAAGUUUCUUAUGGCUGGUGGAACGGCAGGAGCUGUGUCUCGAACAUGUACAGCACCUUUUGAUCGGGUAAAAAUAUUUCUCAUGACUCGCCCUCCUGAGAUGGGUGGAACUGCCAUCCAGUCUAAGCCUGGGAUGGGAGGAUUGAAAGCGAUCGGAGGCGCAGUUGCACGCAUCUAUUCAGAAGGCGGUGUACUCGCAUUCUGGACGGGUAAUGGUCUUUCUGUGCUGAAGAUAUUCCCUGAAUCGGCUAUCAAAUUCUUGACGUAUGAAUCAUCUAAACGAGCUUUCGCACAAUAUUGGGACCGUGUGGAGGACACGAGGGACAUCAGUGGAACGAGCCGCUUCCUAUCCGGUGGUCUGGGCGGAAUUUCAAGCCAGCUUAGUAUAUACCCAAUUGAGACUCUAAAGACGCAAAUGAUGAGCACAACAGGCAACCAGAAACGAAGUCUCGUGGACGCUGCCCGGAGAGUAUGGCUACUUGGUGGCGUUCGAGCCUUCUACCGCGGUUUGACGAUCGGUCUUGUUGGAGUGUUCCCAUAUUCGGCGAUUGAUAUGAGCACUUUUGAGGCAUUAAAGUUGGCCUAUCUUCGAUCGACGGGGAAAGAUGAGCCUGGUGUGCUUGCCCUUCUUGCCUUUGGAAGCGUAUCUGGGAGUGUAGGCGCCACGAGCGUAUAUCCAUUGAAUCUGGUACGAACAAGGCUACAGGCAUCAGGUUCAUCAGGACAUCCGCAGCGCUAUACUGGUCCUUGGGAUGUAGUGACAAGGACAUAUCAGCGGGAUGGAUGGAGAGGAUUUUAUCGCGGACUAUUCCCAACAUUAGCGAAGGUCAUUCCUUCAGUCUCUAUAUCAUAUCUUGUCUAUGAACAUAGCAAACGAAGGCUCGGUGUUUAGACGUCUCUUUACAUUUUCUGCUACCUUAGAUCAUUAGAUCAAAUUAUCGUGAUAUAUUGCAUAUCUCGUCAC